AUGUACCCGCGGGGUAGAACUGGUGGAAGAGACAGGAGCAGAGACCCAUCUAGAACCUUUCAGCAAGGUGGUAGAGAACGUGACUACCCAAGAUCAAACUAUCGUAACAACAGAGAUCGUGAAGGACCGUACAGGGACGAGACCUUCGAGCGCCGGGGAGGCGGUAGAGACGUUAGAGACGGUAGAGAGAGGGAUCGAGACGGUAGAGACAGUGGGAGAGAGAGAGAGCCGCAUCCUCUACCUGCUCCUCCACCACCGCCGCUGCCAGUUGCCCCUCCCGCCCCCCCCGCCCCUUUGCUGCCGCCCACUCCCUUGCUGUCCGACCAGCAGUCUAACUAUACGAGGGAACAAUCUUCAGUCCUCUCUCGCCGUGGCAGCAUCACGCGUGAGCCACCUCUCCCACCACUCGAUCCAAACUCUCGCCGGCAACCUGGGGCAAUAUCCACGCGGAAGGAGACGUUUCCUGAACCCUCUCCGCGUGAAAGGGGCAUGAUUGCGGAUCCCCAAGGCGGUCCCCCACCUCGUCGACAGAUUUCAGGUCCAGGGCCAGGUUCGUGGGGGGGUGAUGACAGAGCUAGGAGUGAAACACAGCGCAACUCGGUUGAACUUAAUAACAGUCAUCGGCUAUCUCGCUCGCCCGCUGGGUCCCCCCGGAGUGCUCAUCGUGCCGCGUCUCCUACAACAUCUGCCGCUGCUACCCCGACAACGACAAACUCAACAAUCAACUUUACUUCUGCUUUGAUGCCUCCAUCAGCAUUGUCGUAUUCUACUGCUACGGGUGGAAAAGAACAACGGUAUGCUAGCAUAUUCCAGGAAGCAUCCUUUGCUUAUUGCAAGUACCUCGAAGCCCUAAACAAUUUCAAAGCUGCCGAUAAGGAAUGUAGGGACCAUGCCGAACACUUCAAUCUCUUUCCAGUCAUGCGAGAACGCUACGAGGGUAAUGCAAGGGCAGCCAAAAAAGAAUUAAAUAUAGCCCAGGAAGCCCUUAGGCAUAAGUCCAUACCAUUAGAGGAGCUCUGUCGACAGUUGUUCAAGGAGCAUGCAGUAAAUACGGGCACGGAAAACGCCAUUGCGUUCUUUCAAAAGAUACAGAAGGAGCUUGGGAAUAGCUCGCUCACGCAGUUUGUUAAGUCAAACGCGCCAGCACCAGCCUUGGUGCCCUCGGGUCCGUCGAAGAGCGAGUUCCAGCAGCUCCGUGAUGAACUACAGAAUAUGAAAAAAAAGCAGGAGGAAGAUGAGAAGAUGAGGCAGAAUUUUCAUAAUGAGUUUCAUAAUUACAAGAACAGCCAAUCUGACCGAUUCCGGUCUCUGAGCUCGAGGCAAAGUAAGAUAGAGGCACUUCAGAAGGAACUUAAGACAGAGGUUGAGCAGACUAAGCACACAGCUGUCAAGACGGAGGAGGGACUGAAGACAGUGAUGACGCUGCUGACAGGGGUAAAAGGUGAUGUGGAGAAACUGCAGGAGGCUGCAAAUACUAAGGGUAGUACGGAUGUUGUAAUGGGUGAUGCUGGUAAUGAUAUUGGGACUGUCUCCGAGCAGGUUAAAAAGCUUUUUGAAACUCUGGGAACUAUUCAGAAGACUCUCGUAACAACCCAACAAAAACUGGCACAAACAGCUUCGAAAUGCGCCAACGACAUCAAGGGUCUCGAACAGAAGAUUUCCAAACUGGAUAUCAAAGAAUUACAGGCCUCCCAGAUUCAGGGAGCCCUCCCUCUGCAGGAAUACGCAACAAAAUCAGAUAUCUCGCGCUUGGAAGAUCACAUGCACCAACAAGAUAAUUUAAUUGAUAAUGUCCGUAUUGGUAUUGAGGGGGAUACCACGCUAGUGUCAGAAACAAUCCAUCUUCUUGAGACAACCUUGGAAAAGAACAACCAAGAAACAGCGGGAGAAAUCAAAGCUACAGGAGAAAGAGUCCAGGCCUUAGAACAAACGUGGAACGAUCGAAUUAAAAACCUCACUUCCCUGCAGGAAAGGAACAGAGCUGCUCAUCUCGAAGAGAUCAAAUCUCUACGUGAAGCCCAUGCAACUGAUAUGGAGGAAGUUGGCAACAGAGUAGGCUAUGUGGAAAGCCAGCUUGAAGGUCACGCAGUCGCAAUCAGCCACGUUGAUCAGAAAAUGACAAAUUUUACGACAAAAGACUUUUACGAACGGGUGAUUCAGGAACUUAUGAAGAUCAACCCCAUGAUAUUCAGUCAAACACAUCAGCUCAGCAGUGUCUGUAACGAAGUGAAAACGAUGAAAGAUGCACUCCGGAACCUUGGCGAGCGGUUGAAGCAGUUAACAGAGCAACGAAACAUCAAUGCCAACCUAUCCCCUCACUCUGUCCUAGACGCUGCUUCUGCUCAAGACGGCCCUUCUAACGGGGCCCUCAAAUCCGACUCAUCGGAAGGGCCAAGCCCCUCUCUCACCUCUGCUAUUGCAGAUAUAGACACCUUGCGAACACGAAUCGACGGCGUUGAAAAGGGGUUAGCUGAUCAUAUCACCGCGUAUCUUAAGAGGAUAAACGAUAUAAAAGACUGGACAGUCUCCGCUUCCGAGCGUCUUGCCCUACACACAGAAAGCGCCGCUGCUAUCUCAGAGGAUAUCAAGGCCCUCAGGGAGUACCUUGCUUCGCUGGGCUCACUCUCGGGAAGCCCAGUGCAAAUCCCAAAUGCUGAUCGAUGGAGAGCUGUCGCAAGCUAUCAAGAUCAAAUGCAGGGCAUAACUUCGUCAUCAAACGAGAACGGAAACACAGUUGGGAAUGGUAACGGGAAUGGAAACUUUUGA